AAGCCUGGCUACCAAAGACAGUUCUAUUUCUCUCCCUGGGUUAUGAGAAACUGACUGAAUUGGAAAAUGUUAUUUGCUUUAACGAUACAAUUUACUCUUGCGCAACUUUAAAUUGUGUCAAUCAAGCAAAUAAAGGAAGAAAGCCUUAUUUAUAAAAUUGCCUGCUUCUGAUUUUACUUCAUUGCUUCUCGGGCUCCAAGAGAGGAAGAAAAUGAAGCUUUCUGUGCUUGGCAUUUUUCUGUUUUUAUAUAGUGCUCCAGCCUGGGCAAAAGAUAAGCAUUAUUACAUUGGAAUUAAUGAGACAACUUGGAACUAUGCCUCUGACAAUGAGGAAAAGACACUUAUCUCAGCUGACAAGGAGCAGUAUGAUAUCUAUCUUCAAAAUGGUCCAGACAGAAUUGGAAGAACAUACAAGAAAGCCCUCUAUCAUCAGUACACAGAUGGAACCUUUAGUGCAACUAUAGAAAAACCAGAUUGGCUAGGGUUUUUAGGCCCUAUUAUAAAAGCUGAAACUGGAGAUAAGGUUUAUAUACAUUUUAAGAACUUUGCCUCUAGGCCCUACACUUUUCAUGCACAUGGAAUAACCUACUAUAAGGAGCAUGAAGGGGCCAUCUAUCCCGAUAACACCACGGACUUUCACAAAGCAGAUGACAAAGUACUCCCGGGAGAGCGGUAUACGUAUAUAUUGGAUGCCAACGAAGAACAGAGCCCUGGUGAGGGAGACAACAAUUGUGUGACUCGGAUUUACCAUUCCCAUAUUGAUGCUCCAAAAGAUAUUGCUUCAGGACUCAUUGGACCCUUCAUAAUCUGUAAAAAAGAUUCUCUAGAUAAGGAAAAAGAAAGAAACGUUGACCAAGAAUUUGUGGUAAUGUUUUCGGUGGUGGAUGAAAAUCUCAGCUGGUACCUGGAAGACAAUAUUGAAACCUACUGCUCGGAACCAGAGAAAGUUGACAAAGACAGCGAAGACUUCCAGGAGAGUAACAGAAUGUACUCUGUGAAUGGAUACACCUUUGGAAGUCUGCCAGGGCUCUCCAUGUGUGCAGAAGACAGAGUGAAGUGGUAUCUUUUUGGCAUGGGUAAUGAAGUUGACGUGCAUGCAGCUUUCUUUCAUGGACAAGCGCUGACUAACAAGAAUUACCGUGUUGAUACAAUCAAUCUCUUUCCCGCUACCCUUGUGGAUGCUUUUAUGGUGGCCCAGAACCCUGGAAUAUGGAUGCUUAGCUGUCAGAAUCUAAACCAUUUGAAAGCUGGUCUGCAGGCCUUUUUCCAGGUUCAGAACUGUAACAAGUCUUCAUCAGAGAAUGAUAUCGUGGGGGAAAAUGUUAGACACUACUACAUCGCUGCUGAGGAAAUAGUCUGGAACUAUGCUCCCUCUGGUACGGACAUUUUCACCAAUGAAAACUUAACAGCUCCUGAAAGUGACUCGGCCGUAUUUUUUGAACAAGGUCCUACAAGAAUUGGUGGGUCUUAUAAAAAGUUGGUUUAUCGUGAAUAUACAGAUGCCUCCUUCACAAAACAGAAGGAAAGAGGCCCUGAGGAGGAACAUCUUGGCGUUCUGGGUCCUGUCAUAUGGGCAGAGGUGGGAGACACCCUCAAGAUCACCUUUCAUAACAAAGGACCACAUCCCCUCAGUAUUGAGCCGACUGGGGUGAGAUUCAGCAAGGACAAUGAGGGCACAUACUACGCCCCACAUUCCAACCCCUCAACAGGAAGGGUACCUCCUCAUUCUGCGUCCUAUGUGGAACCCAAGAAAACCUUUACCUAUGAAUGGACUGUUCCCAAAGAAGUGGGACCCACUUAUGCAGAUCCUGUGUGCCUAUCUGGGAUGUAUUAUUCUGCUGUGAAUCCUACCAAAGACAUAUUCACUGGGCUUAUUGGGCCAAUCAAAAUAUGCAAGAAAGGAAGUUUACAUGCAAAUGGAAGACAGAAAGAUGUAGACAAGGAGUUCUAUUUGUUUCCUACAGUAUUUGAUGAGAAUGAGAGCUUACUCUUCGAUGGUAAUAUUCAAAUGUUUACAACCGCACCCAAUCAAGUGAAUAAGGAGGAUGCAGACUUUCAGGAGUCUAAUAAAAUGCACUCCAUGAAUGGAUUCAUGUAUGGGAACCAGCCUGGUCUCACCAUGUGCCGAGGAGACUCAGUUGUGUGGUACUUGUUCAGUGCUGGAAAUGAGGCUGAUUUACACGGGAUAUACUUCUCAGGAAACACGUAUCUGUCAAGAGGAGAAAGAAGAGACACAGCGAACCUCUUCCCUCAAACAAGUCUGACGCUCCUCAUGCACCCCGACACAGAAGGGACUUUUGAUGUGGAGUGCCUUACAACGGACCACUACACAGGUGGCAUGAAACAAAAAUACACUGUGAAGCCAUGCAAGCAACUGUCCAAGGAGGGUUCCGCUCUCUACCUGGGAGAAAGGACCUACUACAUCGCAGCGGUCGAGAUGGAAUGGGAUUAUUCGCCACACAGGGAAUGGGAAAAGGAGUUGCAUCAUUUACAGGAGCAAAACACUUCAAAUGCAUUCUUGGAUAAGGGAGAGUUUUACAUAGGCUCAAAGUACAAGAAAGCUAUAUAUCGGCAGUACACUGACAGCACGUUCACAGUUCCGGUGGAGAGAAGAGCUGCAGAAGAACACCUGGGUAUUCUAGGUCCACAACUUCAUGCAGAUGUUGGAGACAAAAUUAAAAUUGUCUUUAAAAACAUGGCAACAAGGCCCUACUCCAUACAUGCCCAUGGGGUGAAAACGGAGGAUUCUACAGUUACUCCAACACUACCAGGUGAAACUCGAACUUACAUAUGGCAAAUCCCAGAAAGGUCUGGCGCCGGACCAGAGGAUAUGGCUUGUAUCCCAUGGGCUUACUAUUCAACUGUGGACCGAGUUAAGGACCUCUACAGUGGAUUGAUUGGCUCACUGAUCGUCUGUCGAAAACCUUACAUCAAGGUAUUCAAUCCGCAAAGGAAAGUGGAACUUUCCCUUCUGUUUCUAGUAUUCGAUGAGAAUGAAUCUUGGUACUUAGAAGACAACAUUGAAACAUACUCUGAGCAUCCUGAGAAAGUAAACAAAGAAAAUGAAGAAUUCAUAGAGAGCAAUAAAAUGCAUGCUAUCAAUGGAAGAAUGUUUGGAAACUUACAAGGCCUCACAAUGCAUGUGGGGGAUGAGGUCACCUGGUAUCUCUUAGGCAUGGGCAAUGAAGUAGAUCUGCAUUCUGUGCAUUUUCAUGGCCACAGCUUCCAAUAUAAGCACAGGGGCAUUUAUAGCUCUGAUGUCUUUGAUGUUUUUCCCGGAACAUACCAAACCCUUGAAAUGUUUCCCAAGACACCUGGAAUCUGGUUACUCCACUGCCAUGUGACUGACCACAUUCAUGCUGGGAUGGAGACCACCUACACUGUUCUGCCAAAUGAAGGUGAAUAUACACUCAGCGAUUCUACGAGUCAUGUAUUAUGAACAUAACUCAGAUGCUAUUUUGCCUAAGUACUCCCCCCACAUACGAAGCAUUUGUGAAUCUGCUGUCAUGCUUUCUUCCCUCUACCUCCAUUAGGGAGUUUUACUGCUAACUAGAGAAGGAUACUGCUCACUUCCUGAGAACUGGUACUUAGAAAAGAGCCAGCAGUCUUUAAGCUAAUACAGGCACCUCUUGAUGUGGCUUACUUGUAACUAAAGUUGAUAUGAAAGAGUAGUCACAUUAGUUACCAAGAAAAAACACACAAUUUCCAAGGCACGUUUAGAAUUUAACUUCUUUCUUAACAGAAAAUGUCAGUAUUUUUCUAGGUAGCAGCUCAUCUGUUAAGAGAAGCCAAGGUUAAUCCCAAAUAACUGUAUGUUAACAGGCAGAGCAGCAUCUUUCUAUGGCUUCAGGGAAGGGAAGACAUUAUUACUGUUUGUGACAGAUACGGGAAAAAUGAAUUUGAAUUCCCUGGUCCCCAACUCGUGCGACAACGCCCCACAUGACUACAUGCACGUGCACACACACAUGCACUAAAAAUAUAGGAAAAUGCAAAGCCUUUUUGUGGAUCAUGUAUAAAGAAUGAAAUUCUUGCCUCGCAGAUGUAGGUUUUGGUUUUUCCUGUGUUUCUAAGUUCAGAAAAUGUUGCAACUAGAAAUGGCCAAUCCAACAGAAAAGUUAUGUAAAGAAAACAACUGUUUCUUCAUCAAAAUAAGGAUAAAAGAAAAUACAUAAGUGGGAGAAAAUAUAUAAAUGAAUAUAUUUCAAGAUUUUAAAAAAUCACUAAAAGAUUCAUUCUUAGUGCAAAUGAAGUUUAAUUUCUGUUCCUAGACCUUACAACAAAUCUUCUAUAAUGAAAACUACCUCCACCAAAGCCCUUUAUAUUCCAAAGAGCGGUUAUUAAUAAUCAAGACUUGAAAAGGCAAAUAAGCCACUAAGUUUAACACGUUGCCACCAGCCUGAACCACCAGUGGCGUAUGCAUCAGUCUCCCACUGGGUGGCUUGUAAGCCUCCUGGUGCCACCUGUCUCACACCACCUGACCGGAGAGUCACAUAUGGACCACUCGGGCUGCAAAGCUGCCUGCUGGCAGCAAGACUUACGAGUCACGGCCCCACUGCGAACAUGUUAAUGCCAACAACUUGACUAAUGUGAAGAGUCACAGGGCUGAGAAUGAAAACUAUAAAUAGUCUUUAAAGGACACUGGCUUGCAGGGAAGCCACACAAAAGGAUGCUUUCUCAGAGAACCCGGAGGCAUUUG